CCAGAUUCUUCAACUGCGUGCAAAGCAAUACAUAACAAAUCUCAAUCCGCGAAAACCAAAUCUUUCUACAAUAUUUGCGUUUUUAAUCGAGUGUUCCAUCGAAGAAGCUCGUGAAAACGCCAACUAUGAUAAUCUCCGAAUCUCCUAGUAAAGUUGAAAACUCUACUCCGGUGGUUAAUUCGCCGGAGACGGCGAAGGAGAACGGUGGUUUUCCGAAGAAACCUAGUUUUACGUCUCCCACUACUAAGAGAAUUUCCGAAUCGCCGAUAAAGGAUGUUUUUUCUCCGGUGGCGACUCCGAAGACGGCAGCUCAAGUGAAAUCUCGGUGGUCGUUUUCCUCUUCUAAGAGAAGUUUUGGAAGUAGUAAAGAUGAAACCUACUUUGAUUCAUAUGAAUGGCAACAAUCCGAUUCAGAGGACGAUUUCUACAGUGUCAAUGGCGAGUUCACUCCAUCACGUGGAAACACACCAAAAAGCAGUUUCUCAGAUAGGGUUCCUCCUCGUUUCCACAACCCUUUAUUCGAAGAAGAGAAGCCUCGAGUAUCGUUUUCGCAGCUUCCACCACCACCACGGAGGAAGAAACUAGGCGAGCUUUUUAGAGACAGUAUAAGAGAAGAACGAGAGGUAAUUAUGAUGAUGGAAGAGUCGUCAGAGAAUCAAAGUGAAGAGAGUAGUAAAAAAUCAUCGUCUGGUGAUAACUCUGGUGAGCUCAAGGUCACUGAAAGUUCUGAGAAAGAGAUUAAGAAUCUUAAAUCUUUGAGUUACCAUCAUCGUUGUCUUCCUAGAUUUUCAUCUUUUAAAGGAAGUUUAAUGGAGAAGAGAAAGAGGAAGAAGAAGAAGAAGAAUAUUCAUGUGAAAUGAAAUUUAAAAUUUGGAUCCUUCUUAUAUCAAUAUCUGAAAAACUAUACUUUGCUGAUUUGCUAUGAAGCCUAUGAUGAUUAAUAACACAAGACAAUGAUUUAGAGAUAAGUAGCCUUUUGUACGAUUUAUUAAUUUGCUAGCUUUUUGGAUCACUUGCUAGUCAGAUAAUUCAUAAGGCUAAUAUUAGCUUUUUUGAAUGUUACGUUCAUUAAUAAAAG